AUGAGAGCACUCAGAGAGGAGGAAGAUGUUCUGCUGUCUAAUGCAAGCAGGACUCCACGCAGGAGAAAGCCACGAGUGAACAACAUCCUUACUUCUGCCACCGAACCCUAUGACCUGUCUUUCUCCCGGUCCUUCCAGAACCUCUCUCACCUCCCACCAUCUUACGAGUCUGCUGUCAAGACAAACCCAACUGACAAAGAGGCUGAUGAAUACUACAUGAGGAGGAGACACCUACCUGACCUGGCAGCCAGGGGCACACUCCCUAUCAACGUCAUCAAAAUGUCUCAACAAACCAACCACAGGGACAGGCCUCGCCGUCCCAUCAGGGCCAUGUCCCAGGACAGAGUGCUGUCUCCUGAGAGGAUCAUGCCCGAGGAGUUUAGCCUGUCCUAUGAACGGAUCCUCUCAGAUGAGCAGCUUCUGUCCGCAGAGCGCCUCCACUCCCAGGACCCCCUGCUCUCUCCGGAGCGGUCGGGGUACCCCGAGCAGUCUAUGUCACGGGCAUUGUCACACACAGACGUCUUUGUAUCAACACCUGUCUUGGAUCGCUACAGGAUGACAAAAAUGCACUCCCAUCCUAGUGCCUCAAAUAACUUGUACAAUACCUUAGGUAUGACCCCAACCUCUGCCAAGCGCCAGGCAUUCGCCUCCCGACGGCACAACACGGUAGAACAACUGCAUUAUAUCCCAGGACACCACCAUCACUACCGCACAGCAAGCAAAACAGAGGUGACUGUUUGA